AUGCCUCCUCGGAUAGCCUCUGCUAGGGUCCUCUCAUUUGUGAACUUUUACUCUUGCACUGUCACGACUCAUGGUGCUAGUACCCGUACAUUCUCUACCUGUUUGAAUGGACGUCAGCAGGGUUCAAGUUCCAGUCGCACUGCUGCACGGCUUCGAUCCUCGUCUAGCCGCUUAGUUAAACAGCACGCUUUCCAUGCAUCUGCUGUCCAUUCCGCACCCAAAGACCCAUACGCAGUGCUUGGGGUUUCCAAAGAUGCGGGCGCAGCUGAGAUCAAGAAAACCUAUUUCUCGCUCGCGCGCAAAUACCACCCUGACACGAACCCGGACAAGAACGCACAAGAGAAGUUCGUUGAGAUUCAGGAAGCUUACGAUAUCUUGAAGGAUGAAAAGAAGCGAGCCGCUUACGACCAGUAUGGAGCUGCUUCUCAGCAGCCAGGCUUUGAUCCUGAUGCCUUCGCCCGAGCCGGCGCAAAUUUCAAUAAUUUCGGGGGCUUUGGUCCAUUCGGUGCCGGUGGUACCUCCAAUUCUGAUCUCUUCUCAGAACUCUUCGGUGCCUUCGCGGGCACUCGGCGAGGGUCACGGAGAGCUGGGUUUGCAGAUGAUGUACAAGGCGCUGACCUACAAGCGACUAUCGGUGUGACGUUUAUGGAGGCCUGCAAAGGAACCUCGCGCACCAUAAACGUCACUCCCACUGUUAAUUGCUCUUCGUGCUCCGGUUCUGGGCUGAAGCCGGGUGCCAAAAGGACAGUCUGCGGAACCUGUGGUGGGUCGGGUGCCAGCACGUUCGUCAUCGACGGUAGUUUCCACAUGAGCAGCACAUGCGCGUCUUGUCAAGGGACAGGUACCACUGUGCCUCGUGGUAGCCAAUGUCAUACAUGUGGAGGGGUGGGUCAAGUUAGGGUCAAAAAGGCCGUCAAGGUCGACAUACCUGCAGGUGUUGAGGAUGGCAUGACACUCAGAGUACCAGGCGCUGGUGACGCGCCGUUGUCUGCGAAGGGCCGUCCUGGCGACCUACUUGUCAGAAUAAGUGUCGCGAAUUCGCAACACUUUAGCCGACAAGGAGCGAACCUUCACUACGAAGCUCGCAUUCCCAUGCACAAGGCUCUUCUAGGCGGUCGUGUCCGCAUCCCAACGCUGGAUGGUGAAGUGGACGUCCGACUUCCAGCUGGAACUCAGCAUGGAGAAGAAAUGGCGCUCAAGGGGCGCGGAGUCCCCACAGUGUACGGUGGUGGCAAAGGGGACUUAUUCGUCACUUUCAUCGUCCAGUUGCCUAGAACCCUCACGGAUAGACAACGCCAAAUUCUUCAGCAAUACGCCGACGAGGUAGAAGGCAAAACAUCUGCCUCAUCGAAUGCCUCAAACGCCACCACUUCGGAUACGUCGGCGUCUUCUAGCGGCCGAGAUUCGACUGCAUCGGCUAACAGUGCAAACGGUACGGAUUUCUUUGCUCAUGCUUCUGCGCCCCCGGGUGGCUGGGCGUCUCGUGCGUGGAAUAGAAUCAAGGGACUCAUCGGCUUUUAAUUUAUCCAUGCCUCGUAAUCCCUUUUGGAUGCACCUUCGACCCUUUAGACGAGUCUAAUUCGGAAGCUGCGUCGCAGAAUAAGGACGACGAACAAGACCGAAGGCAGAAGGCAACGGCAUAGGAAGACAGGUAGACGCGCGUCUGGGAUUCGCAUGGUCGGAAACGUUCUUCGAGACUGCACAUAUUUUACCAUAGUCUUGCAUCUCCUUUAGUACAUGCUGCUUCCAUCUAGAACUAUGCAGUGAUGCCAU